UCAGCGGCAAAGCUCGCCGUGGCGCUACGGGCAAACAAGCGGUCGGGCGCAGGCGCGUUUUGUGGAGGAGGGGUUGGGCCGAGGAGUCCGGGCCGCCUGGUGUCUCUCCCACGUGUGCGGCGCCGCUCCCAGGCACCUGGUCUCUAAUGAAACGGGUCAUGCUGACCUAUUGGGUCGCAUCCGCUAAAAAGAAGAAUAAGAAGGGCAAGACCCUCACGCUCAACGACUUCCUGGCAGAGGAUGGUGGAGGUGGCACUCCUGCUCCUCCCAGUUACCCAUCCAAGUCCACAAACUGGGCUGAUGAGACUGAUGACCUGGACGGAGAUGUGGCUACAUCGUGGCACACCGAGGAGGAUACGUACAGGGCUCCUCCCAUCGACCGCUCCAUCCUGCCUACGGCCCCUCGAUCGGCUCGUGAGCCCAACAUCGACCGCUCCAGGCUGCCGCGCAGCCCACCCUACACCGCCUUCCUGGGAAACCUGCCCUAUGAUGUCACAGAGGACUCGAUAAAAGACUUCUUCCGUGGCUUGGCGAUCAGCGCUGUGCGUCUGCCUCGAGAGCUCAGUAAUCCAGAGAGGCUGAAGGGCUUCGGGUAUGCCGAGUUUGAUGACCUGGAGUCGCUCCUCAGGGCUCUCAGCCUGAAUGAGGAGAACUUAGGGAACCGAAGGAUUCGAGUGGAUAUUGCAGACCAGUCAAAUGAUAAAGAAAGAGAUGGAGGCAUGGGAGGCAGAGACAGGGGUGGACGAAUGGCAGACAUGGGUCCUGACAAGACAGACAGUGACUGGAGAGCUCGCCCAAGUGCGGACAGCGAUGACGGACCUCCCAGGAGGGACGAUGCUUUUGGAGAAAGAUCACGCGACCGCUACGAGUCCGACCGUUACAGAGAAGGGUCACGGCGGGACGAUCGUUACGAUGGAGGAAGAGACCGCUACCGUGAUCGCUAUGAUGACAGGGACCGCAGGGAUCGCUAUGACGACAGAGGAGGCUUUGACUCCCGAGGUGGGGGAGGGCGCCGUGCCUUUGGAAGCAGCUUCCGUCGAGAUUACGAAGAUGGUCGAGGUAGUAAUGAUCGCUUCGGCGACAGAGAUCGUUAUGGCGACAGGGAAGACCGGUUCGAGAGACGAGAUGAAAGGCGUGAGGAGAGAGCCCCUCAGCAAAGACCCAAGUUGAAUUUGAAGCCCCGCAGUGUACCGAAAGAGGAGGAAGGUACCAGCAGCGGGGGUACAUCCCCAGCUGUCCCUCCAACCUCUGGAGGCAGGUCCUCGUCCAUAUUUGGGGGGGCAAAACCAGUUGACACCGCAGCCAAGGAGAGGGAGGUGGAGGAGAGGCUGAAGAAAGAGGAGGAGAGGCUGCAAAGACAACUUGAGGUGGACAAAAGCCGAGGACCUGAUAGAAAGAUGAGGGACCGGGACCCCAGCUGGCGCAAUGAGGAACCUCAUUCUGAGCGAUCUCGCACCGAGAGCGAGUCUUCACAGCCAGGAAGCACCUCUGGGAGAGGUUCAAGGUGCCUAGAUGGCGAACGGCCUGGGGAGAAUGAGGUUUUCUCUGGGAAAGAAGGGAAUUCUUCCCCUGGAUCCUCACCACGGCCGACCUCCACCAGCUCCUCAAAGGAGCCGCUGAAAGUGAUGCCUGCCCCUCCUCCCAAGGAGAAUGCCUGGGCCAAAAGAAGUGCUGUGAGUACAGGAUCCAGUGAGGGAGACAGUCGACCCCCGGUCUCUCCUGUCUCUCCGAGCAGUUCGGCUCCCCCCAAAUUCAGCUCCCCAAGUUCUGGAGAUGAAAGGGCGUCUGGAAAAGAUGAGAACAAGGCUGAUGGUGUUCGUCGGGACCGAGGGGCCCCACGGACACGAGGGGGGCCUGCAGGGCCUGGAGCUGGGCGGGGCCGAGGAGAGGUGCCCAACAAAGACAGAAAAAAGGAGGCAGACAGAAAGGACAACAAACGAGAGUCCAGACCGCCUCCAGAGCCAAAGAGAUAUGAGGAAACCCCAAUCCCCAAAUUCAGCUCAGCCAGCAAAUACGCCGCUUUGCUAAUGGACGGAGACCAAGGAGACGACGCCGAGGACGUCGAGUAAAUGUCGAAGCCAGACCGAAAGCUCAUCAAGAGGAGAAAAUGAUAAAACUCCAGAAAAAAAGAAAAAAAAAUCUCACCUAGUCUACGUAAAAAAAAAAAAAUAAUCUUCUCACACUGAAGUGGCUCUGAGGGGAAGGGGCCACUCCGUCUCUCUCCCUCUAUUCCCUUCCUCCCCCUUCUUUUCCUGCUACAAACCUGUCCUUUACUUUCAACCCCCCACCCCCAUCCACCUUCAGGACUCUUCAGGUUCCAGAAGAAAAACAGUCGCAUUCUGGACUUGUUUUAAACGGAAACGCUGACACGUGAAAUAGUGAUGGCAAACAUUGAAUUAAUUGUAAUAAAUAAAUGAAAAAGUGAGGAAAAAAAUUCCUUUGUACAUUUUUGGAUUCUAGGUGUGCAGAGUUGGGAUUGAAUAAAAUGAGCAGUAGCUUACUAAGUGAAUUUUAUUUCUGUCAUCUGAUAAUAUUCAGUAUUAUAAAGCUGAUCCCAGCUAAUCCAUCGAUGAACAAUGUCUUCCACUAACGCUCAACAAGCUUGAAGUGUUGGCUACUAAAUUAAACGCCUUCUGCCAAUCAUG